UCGGUGCGUAAUUAGGCAACACAGUCAGAAGUUCAAAAUCGAUUAAUGGUACGAAUUGUAGUUGUUUAACUUGAAAAUAAUGACCAGGGCGGAUUUAUUUAAAGUCAGUCAGCACGUAGCAACGUUUCAGCGACAGAAUUAAGACAUCGGCCAUACAAAGAAAAGCACUUUUUGUCAGGAACAGCCUUAUUUUCCUCUUGGCUGGAUCGUUUAUGAGCACUAAAUGCUAUAUAUCCAACACACGUGAACGCAGCUCAUCCCAAACCCGGAUGUUUUGCGUCAGGAUAUUGAGAAUAAACCAGAGAAAUGUCGGAGGCUUCGGAGUUGUGAGUCAGGCGGUCAACCUAAAUCAGCUGCUGUCGCGAGUGGUAGCUAUAUUUUGAAAUUAAUGGCCGGAAAUUCCAUUUCUAAUUUGAGCUAACCUGACGCCGUGUGAAUGGAGUUGGAGAACAGAGCAGCCACAAAACCACCAUGAACAGUCUACGUUCUUGACAUUUCUGAUCAGAUUUGUGAUUAGUGCGUUCCGGUUCGUGCUGCAGGAUGCUUCGAGAGUCGUAUCCCUUCGUGGAAGACAGUUUCAGCCGCUUCCCGUCGCAGAGCAACAUUUACGGGCUGUGUCAGGCCGGGGAGCAGGAGCUGUUAGCGGCCACUCUCAAAGGGAAGGUGCUGUGUUUCAGAUACCAGGAGCUGCAGCAAAAAAUCCGACCUGUGGCCAAGGAGGUGCAGUUCACCUACAUACCAGUUGAUGCAGAGAUUGUAUCAAUUGAUGCCUUCAACAAGUCUCCACCCAAAAGAGGCCUGGUGGUGGGCAUCACAUUCGUAAAGGACUCUGGUGACAAAGCCACACCGUUCCUGAAUAUCUACUGUGACUAUGAGCCUGGCUCAGAGUUCAACCUAGAGUCUAUUGCACAGAGUUGCCUGAAUCUGGAGUUGCAGUUCACGCCCUUCCAGCUGUACCACACAGAAGUGCAGUGUGACGAUGGAGGCAGAGAGACAGUAUUUCUGCUCAGUGGUCAUGACCAGAGGAUCCACCUGUACAAGGAGAACGCCUCCCUCCACCAGUUUGAAGAGCAGCCAGUGGAGAGACUCUUCCCUGAACUACAUCAGCUGCCCAGCAAUGUGCUGUGGUUGGAUGUGUUGGGUGUAGCUGGUGGCCGACGACUCUCAGCGUUUGGCUGUCAGAACGGCUGUGUUGGACUGGCCGUGGUCAACCAGACAGGACCAGAGGUUUUGCAGAGCUGGCGGUUCCAGUUUGACAGUCCAAUUUCUACAGUGCUGCUGUUCCCUCUGAGCUGCCAAACUGAGCCCAACCAGCCCGGUGGAGAGAAAGGUGUGGAAAUAGAAAGCUACAACCUUCUGGUAACCAGUACUAUAGAGAUGGCAGUGGUUUACAGAGAUGUCCAGGAGCGAGGCUUGUCUCGCUCUGUGUGCCUCUCAGAGAGUGACCAGUGGGACGCAGUGCUUUGUGCUCUGGUCAUUGACCUGGAUUUUGACGGGCAGAAGGAGGUGCUGUUGGGAACAUAUGGGCAGGAACUUCUUUGUUAUAAAUUCCAGCCGGCAGGGAGAGGACAAGAUGGACAGUUUCAGCUGCAGUGGAGGCGGAGCUUCAAGAGUCCUUUGCUGUCCAUCAUCUACUUAGAUUUGACCGGGGACGGUUUGCGAGAGCUGGCUGUCCUCACGCUAAAGGGACUGCAUAUCUUACAGCAUACUCUUACCAGCACUGCUGAUUUGGUCCUUGAUCGGCUCGCCCAGAGGGUGUCAGUGCUGACAGCUGGCUCUGAGCUGGACUCAGCCACAGCUCAAGACACUGAGAAGAAGGAUGUUCCAGCUAAGAAAGAGGAAUGUUAGCUCAGACGCCAUCAAUUUAUGAAAACCAGUGCCUUUGGUUUACAUGUCGAAGUCCCACUGGCUCAGAGGGAAGUGUUUGCCUUAGUUCCAGGUGUAAUGUGAAGGAUUUUCUCUGGACUAUUCCUGAACACUUACAUUUAGUUGUGAUGACAGACACUAGUUAAAAAAAAAUCAAACAUCACAUUUGCCACCAAAAACAGUAACACUCUGUGGUGCAAUACUGAAUGUAGGUAAAAGAAACAGAUUGAAGAGCUCACAUUAAGCUAUGAGGUGAUGUGCUGUAGAUACUGUAGUGUUCACUCAUGUGCAGACAAUAAAGACAGUUUGGUCUAUACAGAC